CCGUCCCCACCGUUCUUCUAGUCGCAUGGGGGUCGCGGUCCCUUUAAGCUGCCCGGCGCGGAGGCGGGGCCGAGGCUCGCCGGCCGGAAGUUGAGUUCGUGCGUCACUUCCUCCCGGAAGCGAGUCUGGACGGAUGUCUACUGCGCGUCCGUGUGCGGGGCUGAGGGCCGCUGUGGCGGCCGGCAUGGGGCUGAGCGAUGGGCCAGCGGGCUCUAGCCGCGGCUGCCGCCUUCUACGCCCUCCCGCGCCCGCUCCGGCGCUUCCAGGGGCCCGGCUGCUGCGGCUUCCGGAGAGCGAGGCCGUGGAGGCCGCAAGCCCCGAGCGCUCCGGUUGGACCGAGGCGCUGCGGGCCGCCGUGGCCGAGCUGCGCGCUGGCGCCGUGGUGGCGGUCCCAACUGACACGCUGUACGGUCUGGCCUGUUCGGCGAGCUGCUCGGCGGCUCUGAGCUGUGUGUAUCGCCUCAAGGGCCGCAGUGAGGCCAAGCCGCUGGCCGUGUGCCUGGGCCGCGUGGCCGACGUCUACAGGUACUGUCAGGUGAGAGUACCUAGGGAGCUCCUGGAAGACCUGUUCCCAGGACCUGUGACCCUGGUGAUGGAACGCUCAGAGGAGCUCAACAAAGACCUCAACCCCUUUACUCCUCUCGUUGGCAUCCGAAUUCCUGACCAUGCCUUUAUGCUGGACUUGGCCCAAAUGUUUGGGGGACCACUUGCACUCACGAGUGCCAACCUCAGCUCCCAGGCCAGUUCUCUGAGUGUUGAGGUGAGAAUCGACUGCUGUUUCCUCAAAACCAACAUGGCUGACACUGUAAUGGGAUUGCCUGGCAGAAAUUGGGGCCUAUGGAGUUCCAAGACCUCUGGCCUCAUUUGUCCCUUGUCAUUGAUGGGGGGCCAAUUGGGGAUAGUGAAAGCCCUGAGUGUCGUCUUGGCUCUACUGUGGUUGACUUGUCUGUGCCUGGAAAGUUUGGCAUUAUUCGCUCAGGCUGUGCCCUGGAAAAUACUACAGCCAUCCUCCAGGGGAAAUAUGGGCUGCUCCCUUCACAGGGGUCCUGUUCAUGAAACUUGGGAGGACCCAAGAACCAUGCUGGAUACUAUGUGUCUACUACAGGUUGGCAAAGCCUCAUUGGCUGAGGUUCCUGGAGCUACAUCUGUAGCCUAGCUUUUUAGGCAGUGUCCUUGGCUCUGAAUCCUGUAGGCCAGCCAGAAGCUUCGGGUUGAGCCUUGCACCCAGGGGAAGGUUAUAUUUACUCUGUAGAUUCAUGUGUCAACCGAGAAUGGAGGGAAGAACAUUCUUAGAGUGACCUUAUUAUUUUAAGUGCCCCUCUCACCCCAGCCCUGCCUAUAAGUUAAGUAACUUGACUGCAGAAUUAGAAUGCAUUAAGAGCUGCUUUCUGGUGAACAGUGAAAUUUGGUUUCAAACCAGCCAGAAGCACUAAUGCAGUCUAGAAGUCUCAGGACCAAUGCAGCAAAGUCUAGGAGCCCUGGCCAGAGCUUUCUGGGUACAGGAGAGUGGUCAUUUGGAGAAAAUUAUUCUAGGAGUUCCAAAUGAAAUAAUAUUGAAAAAUAAAAUCUUGACUGUUUUCAGCCAGUGACUUUCUUAUUUAUUGGUAUAGUUCUCUGUUUAAUUUAUUUAACUCAGAAGUCAUCUUUGUUCAUAUGUCUACCUGGUAUUUACAUAAUUAUUUUUAAGUAUUUGAACUGUAUUUCUUUAUUAAAUAUUUCUUCUACAAA